GCUGACGUGGCGCGCUAUAGGGCGCCCCAUUGCUAAUGCCCUAAGAAUUUUGAAGAUAAACUAGGCCAAUGAGGCUAUGGUUAUGUUUACAAGGGAAAGCUUCGAAGUGGCAAUCUUGUAGCAGUCAAAUUGCUUAGAAUGUCCGGAGCAAACGGGCAAGACUUCAUCAACGAAAUAUCAACUAUUGGAAGGAUUCAUCAUGUAAAUGUUGUCCACCUUGUUGGAUAUUGUGCUGAAAGAUCAAAGCAUGCCCUUAUUUUUUUAUUUCAUGCCAAAUGGUUCGCUUCAUAAGUACGUCUUCUAUCGAGAAAAUACCUCUUCGUUGGAUUGGGAUACGAAAUUUAAGAUUGCAGUUGAAAUGGCUCGAGGGAUCAGAUAUUUGCACCAUGGUUGUGACAUCCAGAUCUUGCAUUUUGACAUCAAACCUCACAAUAUACUUCUUGAUGAUAAGUUCGUCCCAAAAAUAUCAGAUUUCGGGCUAGCAAAAUUGUGCGCUACAAACAAGAAGGCAGUGACAUUGACGGCUGCUAGAGGAACAAUAGGCUAUGUUGCUCCUGAACUUGUCAAUAGAAGUAUUGGUGCAGUGUCUUACAAGGCUGAUGUGUAUAGCUUCGGGAUGUUGUUGAUGGAAAUGGUUAACUUAAAUAAAGACUUGACAAGUAACGAUGAUAAUUCUAGUAAGUAUUUUCCAAACUGGAUAUAUGACCACUUGAACGAAGGUAGGAACAUUGACAUCGGGAAUGUUGAUGAAAAUGAUGAUAGAAACAUUGGUCGGAAGAUGAAUAUUGUCGCAUUAUGAUGCAUACAAAUGUGUCCAGACAAUCGUCCAUCAAUGAAUGAGGUGUUGGAGAUGCUAGAGGGUGAUGUCAAACAUUUGCAGAUUCCUGAUUAUUCAACAUAUAUGGCAAGAAAUGAGGACGAACACGGGGCUACAGAUUCAAAUGCUUCCAUAUCAUUGUUGCAUGAUAACAACG